AUGUCGCUCCCGCCGCCGCCACUGCCCCCGAUAGAUGACGAAAAGAGAGUCGCUCCCACCGCCAAUGUCGCAGAUCUUCAAGCUCCUUCACCGGAAUUCCCUCCUGGAUUCGUUCCUAGGCCCGAUUCAGUGAUGACGUGGUUCAACGGUAGCACAACGAUGGUCGACGAACUCAAACAUGAGGUUAUGGUCAACUAUCUCUACCAACAGCAAUGCGCCCAACUUUGGGUGGGCGACGAUACUGGUGAACUGGAAGGUGUACUCCUAUGCAAAGCCCGAGGCCAGUACAUGGCUUGCCCCCCACAGUUAGGCAUCUCGCCUUUUGCCAUCGCCUGCGCCGCUCUCGAUGUCCAGUGUGCCAUGACUGUCAACUCUCGAGUCAUAAAGACCUUUCUCCGGUGGUCUCCAGAUACCGUUGAUGUUCCUCUGAAGAAUGGCCUUCAUGUACAAGUUCUUCCCAGUGUCACCGAUCUUCCUCGAGCACGCAAGCACCAGUGUGCAGCCUUCAUUGCUGACGCUGGUUUGCUCAUUGUGUGGGACGAUGAAGCUACCAACCUAAUAUCUCGAGCCAGGAUCAUUGAGGAUGAACUCAUGGAUCUAGUGUGGAACUCAGGCAAUAUGGAAGACGGUGCUGAAGGUCAAGAUGAUGUUCAAUACGAGAUUGAUGAGGAAAGUGGCGAGAUCAAGCCUGGAAAGCGCCCAGUUCAUCUUCAAAACACUCUCAUAGUCUCCGCCACGGUCAUCCUCGUCACUGCCGCUCUCGGAGCUGGUUGGAGGCAGCUGGCCAUUGAGGCAUCGGUCGACGGUAACUACAAUCGCCUCGCUCUUAUUUGCCUUACCCCCAUCCAGAUCUUCUUCACCCUCUUCUUCGGCCAGGUCAUUAUUGGUUGUCUAGCCCAGAUCUUCGGGCCCAUUUCCCAAUUAACCACUAACUCCAAGUUUUUCUCGGCACGACCUCCUCCAAGACUACAGAGCUCAACCUUGCCUCAUGUCACCAUCCAAUGCCCUGUGUACAGGGAGGGUCUGAACGGUGUCAUCAUGCCCACUGUCAAGUCUCUCAGGCAGGCCAUGUCAACCUACGAACUCCAGGGUGGUUCGGUAAACAUGUUUAUUAACGAUGACGGUCUUCAACUUCUCUCUGAAGAGGAACGCGAUGCCCGCAUAAAUUUCUACGCCGAAAACAGUAUUGGUUGGGUCGCGCGUCCAAAGCACGGCGAAGACGGCUUCCUACGCAAGGGAAAAUUCAAGAAGGCUUCCAACAUGAACUACGGCCUCAUGAUAUCCUGCUUCGUCGAGGACAAACUGAUGCUACUCGAUCGCAAUGAAGACUGGGGCCAGGGUGAUGAGGCCUUGGCCUAUGAGACAGCGCUCAAGGAAGUCCUCGAGGAGGAUGGCCGUGCCUGGGCUGAUGGCAACAUCCGUGUCGGUGACUACAUUCUCUUGGUUGACUCUGAUACCCGCGUUCCCACCGACUGCCUCCUCGAUGCUGUCUCCGAAAUGGACCAAUUCCCAGAGGUCGGCAUCCUGCAGUUCUCUUCCAGUGUCAUGCAAGUCGUGUGGACCUACUUCGAGAACGGCAUCAGCUUCUUCACCAACAUGGUCUACUCUGCCAUUCGCUACUCUGUCUCCAACGGCGAUGUUUCUCCUUUUGUCGGCCACAACGCUAUUCUUCGCUGGUCUGCCAUUCAGCAGCUUGCCUACCAAGAUGAAGACGGCUAUGACAAGUUCUGGUCAGAGAGCCACGUCUCUGAGGAUUUCGAUAUGUCUCUUCGUCUUCAGUGCAAUGGUUACAUCAUUCGCAUGGCCGCCUGGGCCGGCGAUGGUUUCAAGGAAGGAGUGUCCCUAACAGUGUAUGACGAGUUGGCCCGCUGGGAGAAGUACGCCUAUGGUUGCAACGAGCUUUUAUUCAACCCUAUCCGCACUUGGCUCUGGCGGGGCCCCUUUACACCCCUCUUCCGCCGUUUCCUCUUCUCCAACAUUCGCCUCACCUCCAAGAUUACCAUCAUCUCUUACGUCGGUACCUACUACGCCAUUGGUGCUGCCUGGAUUUUAACCACUAUCAACUACUUUUUGAUGGGCUGGUACAAUGGCUACCUCGACAAGUACUACUUGAACUCAUGGAAGAUUUGGCUUUCUAUCAUCAUUGUAUUCAAUGGACUCGGAAACAUCGCCUUGGCUGUGAUGCGGUCCCGGGCUGGUGAGAGGGGCCUCUUUCGAUCUCUGUUCGAGAACUUCAAGUGGACUGCUAUGUUGGUUAUCUUCUUCGGAGGUUUGUCGCUCCAUAUUAGCCAGGCCCUCUUAGCUCACAUGUUUGAGAUUGACAUGGCCUGGGGCGCUACAUCCAAGGAGGCUGAAUUCUCCAAUUUCUUUAUCGAGGUGCCCAAGGUAUUGAAGAAGUUCAAGUUUUCGAUGACUAUGUCUCUGCUUUUCAUAGUUGCCAUCAUCAUAAUGGCUAUCGCACCAUUUGUGCCGUAUGACUGGCGGAUCACCGACUUUGCCGCAAUCCUACCCAUGUCUGUUGUUUCCGCUAGCCACUUCCUUCUCCCCUUGGCCCUCAACCCUGCUCUCAUGACCUUUGCCUCUUAG